UAGUAACACUUUUUAGGCAAAAAAAAUUGUGAAGUGUGAUAACUACGUGCAGACGUAAUUUAUAUUAGAAAACUAAUUGUCGAUAAUAUUAUAAACAAUUAAUUAGAUAUUUAAGUGAUCAAGUGCACUUUUGAAUGGAUUAUUACAAAUAAAAGUAUUGUUGAUUUUUUUAGUUUUUCCGAUAUGUUAAUAGAAAAUCCGGACGCUUUCAAAUCGUGGUUGACGUCCAUAUUGGAACCACUUUGUGAUGCAGAUCCAGCAGCCCUCGCCAAGUAUGUUUACGCUCUUGUCAAGAAGGACAAACCCGUGGACGAGCUCCGUGAGGUGAUGAUGGAUCAACUCGAUGUGUUUCUCCAGCAGGAAACCAAACCAUUUGUUGAAAUGCUGUUUGGUUCCCUUGAGAAACAAGAGUAUCUGAAACAUAGUCGGGAGCCAGAGAAGCCUACUCCUCCACUACCAGAACCUGAGAAAGAACCCCAGUUGGAGAACCAUGCUACCAAUGGGCCUGCUCCUCCACUCCGGCACCGCGUGGUCGUACCUAGGGCUGCGCCUCCGACCGAGCAGACACUCGUAAAGGUUCUGCCGACUGAGCUGCUGGAGGAGCCUGUAUACCAACCUCCGCGGAGAAGAGAGAGGCGCGCUGAUUCUCUACGUGACAAAGAUGAUCGUCGAAGACGUCGAUCUCGGUCGUGGGAGAGAAGAAACCGUCCUCGAAGACACCUCAGGGAAAACGAGCAUGAUGGUAAACGGGUCCGACCCUCAAGGUCUCCUUCUCCUCGAAGGUAUAGAAACAGAAGUCCACCUCCAGCAGACAGAGCUAGCAGGUCUAGAUCAAGGUCCCCAGUGCUGACCCGUGACAGGGACCACGACAGAGAGAGGGACAGACUGCGCGUGGUGCGUGAAAUAGAAAGAGAUAGAAUAUCGCGAGAUAGAGAACACAGAGAUACGAUCUCAAGAUCAAGAGACCGGGAUAGGUCUCGCGAUAGGUCCCGGGAGAGAUCUCGCGAUAGAUCCCGAGGUUCACUAUCGCCCAUACCGGAUACGAGGCUAGACCAUAAAGACGGCUACAAGCGGAGAUGUAGAGAUUUCGAUGAGAAAGGAUACUGCAUGCGAGGAGACCUCUGCUCAUGGGACCAUGGCGCCGACCCUCUAGUGCUGGAAGACGCCGCUUUGUCAAGGGUCAUGCUGCCCGCUCACGUGCCUGAAUACAACCCCCUGGCCCCAGACAUCUGGUGCGGGGGAGCCUUCCCCGGGUACCCGCCGCCACACCCGCCGCGGGAGCUCAUACCCAUACCCAGAGUAAGACAUGAAGCUCCUCCCAUGGCGGGUAUGCUCCCGCCCCGACCCAGACAUCCCGCUCCCAACAAGAAACCCUUCGACUACAAUAGAUUAGGCCCGGUCCGUCCCCCGCUACCUGCCAACGCGGCCAACUGUUCAUUGGAGGUGAAGAAGGUGCCGCGCGGACUGAACGAUAUAACGCAUUUGAACAAUCAUUUCUGUAAAUUCGGAAAGAUUGUUAAUAUACAGGUUUGCUAUGAAGGAGAUCCAGAAUCAGCUUUAAUCACAUUCUCGACUCCGACAGAAGCCAACAUAGCAUAUAAAAGCACAGAGGCUGUACUCAACAAUAGAUUUAUCAAAGUCUUCUGGCACAACCCUGAGAACAAACAAGAAAACACUGCUCCGGCCGGUCAACAACAAAACAAGCAGACGGACAGGAACUCGCAGUUUACCUCCUCGCACAACAAAGUGCUAAUAAACAGAGACAACAUUAAAGCUACACAGGAAAAUAAACUUCAGAAUGAAAAGAACGAGAAGGAAACCGCAAACGGCCAAGAACCCAAAAAGGAACAAAUAAAACCAUUCGAGAAGACCAAACAAGUAAUGGAGAUGUACAAACGAGCCCAGUCGCUGCUGGAGACACAGCUGCAGCAGCAAGUGUUGCUGAUCAAGAAACUGGAAUCUGGCAACAUGACUCCGGCUCAGCGGACAGCUCUUCUAGACGCCAUUAAUUCAGCUCAGGAGGGCAUCGAAAAGCUGAGGAAAGAGCUGGUGGCUUACAAUGGAGUCAUCAAACAACUGCAGGAAGAGUCUGUAGCGCGUUCGAUGUCCCGCCUGCAACUAGCUCAGCAGGCGAACUCGCAUAAGAAGCCGAAAACGAGAGAAGAGGCCCAGAAGGAGAUCCUUGAUGCUGAACUGGAUAUGUUCACUAAACAGCAGGAAGGACAAGACGUGACGGACCUAGCCAAGAAGGUGGCUGAGCUUAGAAAACAAAUGUCGAUACAGUUCCCUACUCAUCCGACGGCGAGGAGAGUUCAUGCUAGCUACUACCGCAUAGUGAAAAGGAGAUACAGGGGCGGCAGGUUCAACACCCCAACCCGCUUCACCCGGGGCGCUAUGUCCGGGAGCAGAGCGUUUAGCGUCAACCAGACCGUGGACCACAGACCCCGGGCGUUGCUGAUAUCCGGUUUCGAAGCGGAUGAACUCGAUACGCUCUUACAACACUUUGCUCAAUACGGCGAAGUUCUGAGCAAACAUGUGGACAUGUCGGUCCCCCAGCUGACGCUGCUGUACAAGGUGCGCGCGCACGCCGAGCAGGCCGCCGCGCACGGCCGCCACUGCAGCGACCGCACGCUCUCCAUAACGUGGGUGACGAGCGUCAAUAAGACCCUGCACAACAACAUCGUGCACUCGAACGCGAACUCAGAGUCCAGGGACGGGCCCGCGCGCAACGGGGGUCCCGCGCCCCCCGUCCGCGUCGACCACAACGACCUCAACAAGGACGAGCAACCAGCGCAAGAACAACCCGAGGAGAGCAUACUCCGGUUCGACGAGGAGGAGGAGGAGGAGGCCGAGGAAGACCGCUCGUGGAGACGUUGACAGCGCGCCCGGCGCCGUGUGCACGCCGCCCCCGGCGACCCCGCGCGACCCCCCGCCACCUGCACGUGCCGCACGCCCCCCGCCCCCGCCCUCACCCUCGCCCUCGUGACCCUGACACGAGCAAUACGGGAGUUAAUUGCGAGGAAAAACUUUAACCAACGUAUUUGGCACGUUCAAUGUUGUCAGGAACGAAUCGCGUAAUAAAGAUGUAGGCUGUCCCAAAGGAAUAGAGCGUUUUGUAUUAUAAAUAUUGUUUGUAAAAAUUAAAUUUGUUAAUUACCCUUAGAGGUUUUCGUUCGCAAUUACGUCUCGUAUUUUAAUUUUAAAUCUCUUAUACGUUUUAAAUACAUAUAUUCAGCGCGUUGUUCGUGUCGGAAAAUUUGUGUAAUUUAUUUUUGAAGUGAAACUUCUUUAGGCGCCUUAGAGUAAAAUUUAACUCGCGACAAAUUCGUUACGGUUAGAGAGAAAAGAUAUGAUUUAGGUUGAGCGAGAGUGAGAAAAUAGACAGAGCGUCUCGCGAACCACUCGACUGUGGAGAGAGAGAAAGGACAAAACGAUUUAGGUCGUUUCUCUUAAACACAGCAUUCCCUAAUAACAAGAGUAAUUUGAUUUAAGGAUAAAAUUGAAGAAAAUCACUAUACUACACACCGCAAAAGAAGUUUCACUUCCCUUAUUUUCACGCGCAACAUGUUUUAAUUUUAGUUUGUACAGAAAGGACUCUUAUACCGUGUCGUGGCCCGCACGAGUUGGCACAACGACCCUGACUUUUAUCGCUGCUAAGUUGCUCCGUUGUUAAUCGCGUGCCACCACAAUUGUAACUUCAGUCUUACGUAUCACAGUCAAUUCCAGCUAAUUCAUAGCUAUAUAAAAAUUGUUAUACAUUUGAUAGUCUAUGCGUAGGGUCUGUCUGGUUUGUUGAGUGAGUAGUUAAAUCUUUUCUGUGAUAUAAUCCAGGACUGGACAUUUUUUAUUUCUCAAAAUUUUCCUGCGAUCCUUGUACGGCUCAUCCAAACGUAACGACAUUAGGUGACGUCAUUUGUGGCCAAAAUGUAUCGCCAACGCUCUAGUCGUGCUAAAACGUGAUUAUCACCCACACCUAUUUAGUGAUUUAAAAUAUAAUAUUCUAAUAUUAUAGGUAAUUAAUAAUUUAAUUCUAAACGCUUUAUUUCAAUUAAAUUUUAGUUGUCUCUUUGUGUAUCACUGAGAAUUUUUUUUUACGAAAUUUCCCAAUAGUCCUUUCUGUCCGAACCUACACAAGUUUUAAUUUUCUCUUUAUUUUAAUUCAACACUGAAUUAAACAGUCGUAUCUCGUCAAAGCUUAGUGAUAUUUUAUGUUACUUGAUUAUUAUCGCAUUAUUUUCUAUAAUGAAACCAAGGAGCAACAAUAAGAUUGAUUCGUUCUGAUAUCGUUAAAUCUGAAGGGUUGGUAUUAGGGGGUCAUAGUUUCAUCAGUAGCUCGGUUUUAGUGACGUCACCGUUGAGCGUGCGAACGAGACGAGAUAUCCUGCCGUCUCACUCUUUCAAAGAAUUCUGAAAACAAAACUGAAAAGUUGACCAUUCAAGUAUUUCGUUGUAUAGUUUGGUAACGAUGAAGUCAAUUUCUGUAGCUUGUUUUAUGUACAGAAUUACAAUAAUAGUUGUAUAUACUGUAUACACAUGUUUAUGUAAGUUUCCUUAAAACAAUUCUCAGCCACAAUAACUAAAGAAAUGAUACUAGAAGUAUUAUUUGAAUUGCCUUAAUCGAACCGUUACUAUGAAAUGCCUUAGAAAUUUGAAAAAAGGAAAAGAGAUUUGUUGUCUGGUUGUAGAGUCUGUGACUGAAGUAUCGUCGUAGGGCUCCAGUAGGUUCGCUAUCAGAAUCGUCCGUCGUGACGAAAUUUAUUUCGUAUGCCACGACAAAUCGCAGUUCCACUAGACGUAUUGAGAAGCGAGGGUAUUGGAUGCUGGAUCACUGAUGCGACAGUCAGCGGUAGAGAUAGAGGGAGUGGUCAAACAAGAAAAAUAACUUUGAUGUAUAGCGCGCAAUGUACUAGGUAUAAAAUUUUGAUUGACGACUUUGCUUUAGAUUGCGCGUUCAGUACUGACCUACCAAAACGACUGGUAGUUUUUGCUUGGCCAAUCUAAAUGAUUUUGUUUUUCGUUAAAAUUAAGGUUAAUUAAUUAAACGUUAAUUAAUCUCAAUCUAACUACUUGUUGAAGGAACAGUUGAAAAUGCAUAGCUGAAAUUGAUAGCGCUUAAGAGCUUUUUUUCUUUCGCUGACAGCCUAAGGGGCUAUUCCAGCUAUUCCUGGACGGGUAGAUGAGCUCACGGGCUCAACCUGAGAGAAUUUGCUAACACUAACCCUAGCAAGAGCCGUGCUUCGCAGAAUCUACCAGCGGAUCGGAAACGCGACCUACUGAGAAGAUCCGGCGAGAAAAUCAGUGGGCUGUGUCUGUUGAACUCUACGUUGGGAGCUUUAAGUGUGUCUGAAUUGCGUUUAAAUGUCGCUUUGAAUACUGCAACUAAAAGCUCUGCUGGCUUCGUGUUUGGCAACCAGGAUCGGUGACAAAAGCGUCCGAAGCGUGUGUUUUCGAACUUGUCGACGGAAAGCUCGGUUUAGUCGUGUACGAUAAUUUAAGUACAAAAAAUACGUUGCAAUUAACUCGAAAAUAAUGUAAUUGGGGAAUAUUAAUUCGCGAAAAAUAAGCGCGCAUUGUACAUCAAAGUCAGAACUUUAAGCUUAGUUAAGGCUCUGGUAUGUUCGUUGUGGGUGUUGCGAGGCAGCAGACGUAGCGAGCUUAUUUCGAAGCUUUUUAGCGGAAUUCGCGUCGGGACCGCAUUUGUAGAAUUUAAAGAAAGCUACAUUUAAAAAAAAAACAUCUUCAUUAUCAAUAGAGCCCUCGUUAAGGAUGCGAUCUAGAUUUGUUUGUUGAUGAUGACGCAAAAGAAUUAUUUAUACACAAAUAGGAUAUAUAAUAUAGUUUUUUUUUUGUUGUUUCAUUUUUUUCUAUAUAUUAUUAUAUGUAAAUUUAGAUGUAAGUUUGAGUGUGAUUUUAUGUUCGAAAUUGUCUUUUGCUGAUAAUUAAAGGAACGUUUAUUUGCUUUUCGAGAUUAGGUUAAGAUCGUUCCAAUGUCUUUGGUGUUUAUAAUUGAUUGUUUAUCGCCGAAUUCAGAAGAAAAAGAAUGGUUUUUAAUCUCAUAUCGGUGGGCGAAAGGCCCAUUUGGCUUGAGCGAUAUUUUUGCAAAUUAACUGGAGAGCCAUUGAAAGCUUAAAAUUUGGAAACAAGUAUCGUAAGAUAAAACUUCAGAUAUUUGAAUGGAGUAAAUUUAAUUGAAGUUCAAUUAAAAACAUUGAAUUGUUGAUGCUGAUACCAAACCUAACGCACUUUUAAUUAGAGAGAUAAAUGUCGCUUAAACUAAAUAGCCUUUUUUUUACCUUUCAAUAUCUUUACUAACUAUAAUUUUAACUAACUAGUUACUGAAGUUUUAUAUUUGUAUAGUACCAAGUAAUUAAUAUUAUGAACAUAUUAAAAAUGAAUUUAUAUCUGAAAAUAUGGCUCGACGAUAAACAAUACAUUAUGUAUGUCAAAGAUUCGUUUGAUAAAUUUUGUAAAUAGAAACGUUUUUUUUUUUUAGAUAAAUAAAGACCGGUUGUCUGAUCGUUAUACGCCCGUCUCGCUCUCUCGCGCCUGUGUGCGAAAGAGCGAACAGAUACUGACCCAGAGAGAGAUAGAGAGAGGACUAAUUGAAACAGCAAUAAUUAGUUUUAUAAUUUAGCUUUACUUUGAUAGUUGGGUUCUCUGGGUAUAACGAUCGCGUUGGUCCGCUGUGGAAUCGCGCCAAGGUAUAUAUAUAUUUAUGAAAUUAUUUAAUUUAAUUUUAUUAUUAUAAUUUUUGAGAUCCAAUUUUUUUUAUUGUCGACGAUUACUUUCCUCCAUGUUUUAGUUUCGAUUCGUUGUAACAAUCGACAGUAAUUGUUUUGUUUAUAAAAUUUGACGAUAGUUUGAUUUUUUUUCUUAAUGCUAAUUAAAAAUGCGUUUCAUAAAGGGAAUGAUAUCUUGGCGCGAUUCUUUCGCUAAUUGUAAAUAGUUUAAUUAGUCAAAAAACAGUAGUUUGUUAAAGCUGACUUAAAAGUUAAGUUGUUUGUAAUGAAUGAGGAAACUGGAAAAAAAAUAUAUAUAAGAGAGAAUGCGUUUUGAAUGAAAAAAAAAGACCUUCGGAUACACGUUGAGAGAAAAAAAUAUAGCAAUAAUAAAGAAAAAAAAAUAACGGCAAAAGAAUAUUUUUUGAAAUUCGAAUUAUUUUUUGAGAAGGCGACCGACUUGGUUCGAGAAAAAAAAAGAUUGAAAUGCCCGAGAUUGUGUAACUGUGAAAAGAGUAUGUAAAAAAAACUUGGGUCGCCUGAAUAAAAAAAAAAAAUAAAAAAAA